GGCCGCAAACCCAAAAGAGUGCGCCGAGGAGCACCAGCAGCAGCAGCAGAUCCGCAGAGAUAGCACACGCGAUGAGGAGCUCCGCGGCGUUAUUCAAUCCGUCACCGCCGCUCCUCCUCCUUCUGCCUCUUCUUCUUUUCUCGCAUCUGCUUCCUCGCGCCCUCGCCGCUGACCUAGGAUCUGGCGAUGGGUACACGAUCGCCGGUCGUGUGAAAUUAGAUGGUGCAACAUCCAAAGAAUCUGGCCUUCCUGCAAAACCCACAAAUAUUAAAGUCAUACUCAAUGGUGGUCAAAGCAUCAGUUUUGCAAGAGCAGAUGGUUAUUUUUCAUUCCACAAUGUGCCAGCUGGGACUCAUCUGAUUGAAGUAGCUGCAUUAGGUUAUUUCUUUUCUCCGGUUCGUGUUGAUAUUAGUGCUAGAAACCCUGGUAAGAUCCAGGCAGCACUGACAGAGAACAGAAGGGUUCUAUAUGAGUUGAUUCUAGAGCCUUUAAGAGAAGAACAGUACUAUGAGAAGAGGGAACCUUUUUCCAUUAUGUCACUAAUGAAAAGUCCUAUGGGUUUAAUGAUGGGUUUCAUGCUAUUGGUGAUGUUUGUCAUGCCAAAAUUGAUGGAAAAUAUUGAUCCUGAAGAAAUGAGGCGAGCUCAAGAAGACAUGAGGGCCCAAGGGGUUCCUUCUCUUUCGAGUUUGUUGCCCAGGAGCAAUUAGUUUCUGAGAGAUUCAUACUGCCGAAACUGGCAGUGGCAUCUGAUUUAGUUGACAUCUGAAUACCCAGGAAGACCUGUAACCAAAGAUUUUCUCAUGGAAGAUCCUAUGGGCUGUUUGUUAUUUUGUUUAUGUCUGCAAAAUUGAUUGAUAUAUGCCAUCUGAUCUCCUAAUCUUGCAUGAUUGUUCCAUUAAGCAUUCUUAGCAACUUCUUCGUUUUGGGCCUGCGGCAUAAUAGACAGUUUCUUUUAGAUUA